GUCAAUGUCAAGUAAAUACAAAAGUUCAAAGUCAAACUUUGAUAGAAGUUAAUAAUUCAUACCUUGUGUAUUUAAUUUUUUUAUCAGUUAAUUAUUAAUAUACAUUACAUAUCAAAAUGGCCACUGGAAUAGUAGCUGGAAGACUUGCAAUCGUAACUGGUGCUGGCUCUGGCAUAGGCAGAGCAGCAUGUCAGGUACUAUCACGUGAAGGUGCUACAGUUAUUGCUGCUGAUAAGAAUUAUAAUGCUGCUGUGGAAACCAUCAAGACUCACACUGCCCUGGCAUCAGGAUCUAAUGCUGUUGGAGACCACAGUGCUAUUGAGUUAGAUGUAUCUGAUUCCAAAUCAGUACAGAAUCUAGUGCAAACUGUAACAAGCCAGUACAAAGCACCACCAACAAUUGUGGUGAACUCAGCGGGUAUCACUAGAGAUAACUGGAUAUUGAAGAUGUCAGAAGAUGACUACAAUGCUGUACUGAAUGUCAACUUGAAGGGUACUUUUUUGGUGAUGCAAGCAUUUUCUAGAAUAAUGACCGAGGCACAAGUGCCUGGCUCUAUAGUUAACAUUUCCAGCAUUGUAGGAAAAUAUGGAAACUUAGGACAAUCUAAUUAUGCUGGUAGUAAGGCUGGUGUGGUGGCAAUGUCACAGUCAGCAGCCAAAGAAUUAGGAAAGUUUAACAUAAGAGUAAAUGCAAUUUUACCAGGAUUUAUUAAGACUCCUAUCAUUGAAACUGUGCCCGACAAGGUGAUAGAGAAACUAAUAAAGAUGGUGCCUCUUGGAAGAAUUGGUGAGCCCAUUGAGGUUGCUGAACUUAUUACAUUCUUGGGCUCUGAUAAAAGCUCAUUCAUCACAGGAGCAGCCAUAGAUGUCAGUGGAGGAUUUUGAAAAAGAAAAUCUAGUCAUAUUAUCAGUUCCACUACCAUGAUGCCUCUUUCUACUCUGUGAUAUUUUAUAAACAGUUGAUAGUGCUAUAUUGUAUAGUUGAAAUAUUUUUAAGUGUGCAAAAGGGAAACAUUAUAUAUAUUUUAAUAUUUUAUAACCUCAUUGGUGUGGUGAUUGGUG